UGUAUAUUGUAGUUUAUUCUCAAAAUUGUGUAAAUAAAUUGUUUUAGUAAUUUAAUGUACAAUAUUAACCUCAGUAGAUGUCUGAUUUAAACUUGGAUCACCUAAAGGAAACACAUCCUGAGGAAUCACAAUUUCUACAAAAACUCUCCAGUAUCGAAAAACAUCUCGAUAAACUUAUACAACAACAGCAAAAUUGUAAACUCUACGACCCUACUUCCAAGCCAAUUAAGGUCAGAGUUAAAAUUUACAACACGUACGAAGACCAGGAUAAAAGGCCCCCAAACUUCUCCUACUCGAACGUCCCGCCUUCAAGGUAUACCAUUUACAUCAAAGCAUCAGACCUUGAAAAUGACGAAAAUGGCGAAGAGGAUGAAAUUGACGCCCCCUUGACAAAGUACUUCAACAAUAUAAUGAUUGACACGCCUUCGGGGAUAGUUUUAUGGAACAGGGACUUGAUGAUAGAGGAAAAGGAAACUCUUUAUAAUCAAAACAGAAUAAAGACUAACAAAAGCAUAUCCUCAGUUAAAAUGCUAUCACCAAAAUUUGAUUUUGCCACAGCCAUAGCCAAUCAGACUAAUCUUAGUGACUCUCAGCCAGAUAACCAGGAUAACCCGAAUAGCAAUCCAGAGUUUAUCCAGCCAAAUUAUAACGGUUUUGAUGAGUUACACGUGAAUAGGCUUGGGUUUGAGGAAUGUGAAAUCCAGGUUUACCUUUUCCCGCGUCAAAGCAUCCCAGUGUACUCUGUUUCACAGAAUUUGUAUGAGUUCAUUUACUACAACCUCGACGAAGGUGAACUUAAUACUGACCUAAUGAAGGUAAAUUUACCUACGAUAACAAAGUCCAUAUGGUCUUACGGGUUUAAGAAUAAGUUAUUCGUUGAAAAGGAGGGCGAAGAAGUUCUCUUAACACUUGAUGAAGUUCUAAAGGGACUUUUCUCAACAGACGCUGAACACGUGAAAAUCUCUGAGGUUCCAGCCCUUCUUAGGGAGCACUUGUUUCCUGCAAGGCCUGUUAAACUAACCCACCAAGUAAAACUUAGUGGUAGUCCAGAAGACAACGAGACUCUUUACGAUUUAACCCUAGAGUCAUCUUCCCCAAAUCCAGUCAGAAAAGACGAAAAACAAAGUGAACUUGAUUCUCAAAUUAGUUCUGCCGAAAAUGAGGUUAUUGAGCUAGUUCACCUCAGGAAUUUGUAUUCCAGCUUCUCACUUGAUCCUAAAAAGUUUAUUACAAACUUUAUUGAUAACAAGGAGUUUAAGAACAUCAAACCCUUUACUCAUAAGAAACUGGAACAAAGACAACAAUACAUGGAGCCUUGGGUUCAUUACGCCAUUGAAAACUAUCUCUACUCGAAUAACAGAACUGUUCACGACUUCAUCUCUGGCAUCAUAGAAAACCAACAUAACAUGUAGUCCAACACACUUUUAACACUAUUUUAAAUUCUAUCGAUGUACAAUAGUCACAAUUUCUGUAACCUACC